AUGAAGAAAUUGAGAUCAGGUGAUAAUCUUGAGUCAAAUGUGGACAAGGGUAUUCCAAAAGAUUGGGGAAGGAGGGAGGACGAUUUGGGUUUGCACCGCUCAUCAUCUUCGCGUAGGAGCUCUUAUUACAGGUCUUCUGAGAGUGGGAAAAAGGGUUCGUCAUCGUCAUCAUCUAGGUAUGAUGAUCGAGAGAGUUCAAAAUUCGUUAGAAAGCGAAAGGAUUAUGAUUUUUCUAGUUACGAUAAGAGAAAGAACUACAAUCGUCACAAAGAUGGAAAUGAAAGAGAGAUUUUGAGCUCUUCCCCCCGGGCUGGAUAUGGCAAGGAUGGAAUGAAUAGUUAUGAAAGAUUUUUGGGACCAAGGAGAGACUUUCCGAAGGGGUUUAGGUCAGAAAGGGAUAGGUCGGGGAAGGAGGGUAGAGUAUCAUCUUGGUGGAAAUUUGGUGCUGUGAAAGAGAGUGAUGAUGGGACCGGGAGUGAUGGCAGUGAGUUAGUUAGAGAAAAUAGAGUUGAAUCAGAGCAUGUAGGUAAGGUGAAGUCUCCUCAGGGAAAGAGAGAUGCGAAAUCGCCAGCUUGGUCUAAGGACUCUGGUAUUGAGUGGUCGAAGAGUGUUGUCGAAGUCCAGAAAUGUGAAGAUUUGCCAGUGGAGUGUGGUGUCAGUGGUAGUGAAAGGGAAGAAGGGGAGCUGGAACCUGAUCCUCAGCCAGUAUCUUUAGGUGAUGCAGUUGUUAUGGAUGAAAGUGCUGUUGAAUUGAACUCCUCUCAGAAGGAGCUCAAUAGCGAAUGCCAUGGUGAGAAUAAUGUUUUUCAGGAGAAGGCAAAUUUCUUAUCUGUAGAACAAGAAGAUGCGAGUAAGGUGGACGACUGUGAGAAGGCAGCAAAAUUUGGACUAUCCAAAGAAGCCCAAGAAGUCCUGAACAAAGCUAUGGAGUUGCCAUAUUGUCCAGAUACUUCACUCCAAGGAACAGGCGGAAGUGGAGAUGAAAAUGUAACGACGAUAGGCAGUGGAGGUAGCAAUGAUGAAGAGGCCAUAAUAGAAGCUCACUGUGGGGAAAUUGAAGCUACGUGUGCCAUGAAUCCAUCAGCGUCAAAAGAGGAACAAAAGGAAGACAAGGGUGUUGAUGUCGAAGUUAAGGAAGUUGAUACUGAUAUGGCUGAAAAUGAGAGAUUUAGAGAAGAAAGUGAAGUGCCUGUGAUAGAGCUGACAGGGCAAAAUUUGAAGGAUAAGGGCGAAAUUGUUGCAUUAUUUUCAACAAAUAAUUCUAUUCAUGCUGAAGGUUUGGAGGUUGAAAACAUUUCAAAGGAGGACCUAGAAAGAUUUGGAGAGAAUGAAAUGGAAGAUCCAAGUACAAAGGGAUUCGAAUUUUUCUCCACUAAUCCAGUUAAAGAGCAGGACAAAGUUGAGCAGUCAAGUCAUAACCAGCCUAAAGAUGAAAAAUUGGCUCUUGAACUUUCUCUUAGUUUGCCUAAUGUUUUAUUACCCAGCGGUGCUCAUAAUAGAGGCCUGGCACUUGGUUCUCCUAGUCAUGGAAAAAGUGCUCAAUCCUUUCCUAGCACAUUUCACACUAAUUCUGAUGGAUUAACAAUGUCAAUGUCUUUUUCAGGCUCUCAGCAGUUCUCUCACAAUCCUAGCUGUUCACUGACUAACAACACAUUUGAUUAUGAGAAAUCUGUCGGUAGUCGGCCCAUAUUUCAGGGAGUGGACUGGAAAUCUCUGUCUUCAGAUGAGAAUAAAAACAAAGACAAUUUGGUGUCUCAAGGCAUGGGAUCCGAAGGAAAUGGCUUACAGAAGCACUCUCAAGCAUUUCGAGUGAAUUUAAGUAGACAAGCUGUUCCAAAAGUACCCGAUGAAUUAGAAAAGCAGGUACGUUUUAAUACACUCUUAUCUGGAGCACAUAGUGUUGAGUCUCAUGAAAAUGGACCACAAUAUAGCAAAGAAAGAAGACAAGUAACGAAAGAGAAAGAUAGUGGUACUUUACCUAGGAUCAAUUACACAGAUGGAGAAAAGCAAGCAUUGGUGGUUGGAGCUGACUUUGCUGAGUCAAUAAUUACUAUGAUAGUUUCUGAACCUGUAGAGUCAAUGGCCCAGAGGUUUAAUGAUAUAGCCGAAAAGCAUGUGGCAUGUGUGAAGGAUUUUGUCCAUGACAUCAUCUCAAAUCCAGGUAAGCGGCCGCAGCUGAGUGCUUUGCAGAAAGUAUUGCGGAACAGGUCAGACAUUCAGCUGGACGUUCUAAUGAAGUUGCAUCGUCCUCAGUUGGAGAUCUUGGUGGCUCUCAAAAUGGGUCUGCAAGUAUUCCUCAAGCAAAAUCACAACAUACCGCCUUCUGAUUUGGCGGAGAUAUUUUUAAAUAUGAGAUGUAGAAAUCUCACUUGCCGGAGUCUUCUGCCUGUGGAUGAAUGUGAUUGCAAAAUAUGUGUGCAGAAGAAUGGCUUUUGCAGGGAGUGCAUGUGCCUUGUGUGUUCCAAGUUUGACAUGGCCUCUAACACAUGUAGUUGGGUUGGGUGCGAUGUAUGUCUGCAUUGGUGCCAUGCAGAUUGUGGGUUACGGGAGUCUCACAUUAGAAAUGGACACAGUGUAUCUGGUUAUCAAGGCACUACAGAAAUGCAGUUCUAUUGUGUGGCCUGUGAUCAUCCUUCUGAAAUGUUCGGUUUUGUGAAAGAAGUUUUCCAGAACUUUGUCAAAGAAUGGACGGCAGAAAACCUUUCCAGAGAACUUGAAUACGUGAGAAGAAUAUUUUUUGCUAGCAAGGAUGAAAGAGGGAAACAACUUCAUGGGAUCGCCAUUCAGAUGCUAUCUAAAUUGAAAAAUAAAGCUGGCCUUCUGGAGAUGCAAAAGCAAAUCAUGGCUUUCUUCAGUGAAGUUGAUUCGCUUAAGCCUGGGAACUCUUCUGCUUACUCCAGGAAAGACGUGCCAAGAAAAAUUCAAGAAGGCCAUAAUCGCAUUUCUGGUUCCAGUCAAGGUGCUGCGUGGUUAAAAUCUAUUCAUUCAGAGAAGGCUCCUCGCGUGGAAAAUUCAAUCAGUUUACUUCCUAUCUUUGAUCCAAAAAGGAAUGAUAAAUAUACAAGCAGCUUGGAUUUGCACACAGAUGUUCGAAAAGAAUCAGCUUUCGAGGAAUUGGAAGGCAUUGUGAGAAUUAAACAGGCUGAGGCUAAGAUGUUCCAAACACGUGCAGAUGAUGCGACAAGGGAAGCUGAAGCUCUGAAGCGCAUAACAGUCCCAAAGAAGGAAAGAAUUGAAGAAGAAUAUGCAAACCGGAUCAUGAAACUACGACUGGCCGAGGCUGAGGAGAUGCGCAAACAAAAAGUGGAAGAGCUCCAGGCUUGUGAAAGAGCAUAUCAGGAGUACUUUAAUUUGAAAAUGAGGAUGGAAACAGAUAUCAAAGACCUUUUAUUGAAAAUGGAAACUACGAGACGAACUUAUCCACACAACUGA